AUGGGAUACUCGAGCUUAUUGCUUCCACUACUCUUGACUUUGACACGGAUAUGGGGUCGUCCAAGUGCUGAUCUAGUCACACAUCUGCCUGGAUCCAAUAGCUCCCUCACCUUUGAGAUGUAUUCGGGUUACCUACAGGGUGCAUCUCCCAAUAUCCAAUUGCACUAUAUUUUUGUCGAAGCGGCCAAUGAUUCUGCUAUCGCACCCCUCGUUCUCUGGCUCAAUGGGGGUCCUGGCUGCUCCUCUCUUUUGGGCAUGUUCUCUGAAAAUGGGCCUUUUCAUGUUCGCAAAGGGAACCAACUCAAACCAAAUAAGUAUUCAUGGAACAAGUAUGCCAACGUUGUCUAUCUUGAAGCUCCAGCCGGGGUAGGAUUUUCGUUUUCAUACGACGGCAACGUUACGACGGAUGAUGAUUUGGUUGCCGACAAUAAUUACUUUGCUUUGACCAACUUCUUUGAGAAGUUUCCCGAAUUCAAGGGUCGUGACUUCUACAUAAUUGGAGAGAGUUAUGGCGGAGUCUACGUGCCCACUUUGGCUCUUCGUGUUGCCGACCACCCUGAAAUGGAGCUCAAGGGUAUCGCAGUGGACAAUGGACUCACUAGUUACACCUUGAACGAUAACUCACUCCUCUACUUCGCCUACUAUCAUUCACUCAUCGACGCGAGUCUUUGGGCAGAUCUUGUGAAUUAUUGCUGCGGUGGUAAGCUGGUUGGUCGCUGCAUGUUCACUUUGAAUCGUUCGCCUAGAUGUCAGGACGCCGUGAAAAGUGCAAACAGUAUCCUUUCAUAUGGAUUGAAUGUGUACAAUCUCUACGCUCCUUGUGAUGGUGGUGUUCCCGAAAAUGGCUCCUUGAAGGUUGUGAAGAAGGUUCCAACUUACAACCGCUUGUUCUCUUGGCGCGACAUCUUUACCAGAUUCAACCGGAGAUACGAUCAGUGGCUACGAAGAAUGCACGCUUUUCCUCAUGGUCCUGUAAAACCACGUCAGUCGGGUGGGAUUUCUCGGGAGCAGGCGGAUAGGGGCAACUUAUUCAGAUCUCUAACGAAACACGGUGAAACUUUUCUCAAUGAUAGGCUGGUGAUUUCGUGCUCGGAUGACUCCAUUCUGACGGAGUACUUCAACCUACCGCAAGUUCGUUCAGCUCUUAACAUCCCCACGAGCGUCCAGGAGUGGUCAGCCUGCGACAACGAGGUCUACACUCAAUAUAAACGUGUCUACUUAGAUUUAAGUGAACAGUACCGAACGUUGUUGGACAAGGGGAUUCGAACUCACAUUUUCAAUGGCGACGUUGACAUGGCUUGCAACUCUAUUGGUGACGAAUGGUUUGUCAAUGAUCUGGGAAUACCUGUGAGUUUUACCCUAAGUUGCCAAUCCCUUUUCCUUCUCUUCAAAAUAUUGCCUUUCACUCAUCGAGCAUUUGUAGCUUCACUUAUCAGCUUAGUAAAGCCUGUUAGCAUUUUAUCACUUCCUGAGCUAAAUCGUGUUGAGUGUUUUUCGGAGAAUCGUGCUCUUUGGAACCUUUUCAAGCACCAAUUGUCGUACUUUUACAUCGUCUGUAGGCCCAAAAUGCAUACAGCAAGCGUUUCACUGCCUCACUGGAUUUAUCCUUCAAAUACCUCACUGUUGACUGGUGCAGUAAAUAAAUCUACUUUUGUUUCAAAACCAACGUUUGUUUAUUUUAAAACACGUGUCUUUCAUUUUAAGCUAAAAGUCCCACGGCACCCUUGGUUUUUUAACGCUACGGACGGUACUAGGCAGAUUGGAGGCUACACAAAGAGCUUCUUGGUGGAGGCCUCCAAUACCACUCUCACCUUCUCGACGGUGCGUGGUGCGGGCCAUAUGGUACCCGCGGACAAACCGCUACCCGCCUUCACCCUCUACCACAGCUUUCUCCGGAACCUUCACUAG